UUUGCCGCAAACAACAUGAGAGUGGGCCUUCUUUUGCUAUUCUCUUGGUCCUAGUAUCGUAUGCGGGUUGUGUGGGUUAGUUCUCUUUUUCCCCAGUAUGAGAGGCUUGUUCUUGAAUCGGGCAUUGUGCUUUUGUUCUCUCUUCCCCUCGUAAUCUCUCUAGAUUUGGUUGCGGAAAUCAGCAUUUGAUGGGAUCUAUGCUCGGCGACUGGCCGUCAUGUGACCCUCACAACUUCAGCAAACUUCGACGGGCCGAUCCUUCCAUUCCUUCAAGAAUGAUGCCUGCAACUUAUCAUCGUACUCACAGCCGCACCCUUCCACCACCUGAUCAAGUGAUAACUACUGAAGCCAAAAAUAUCCUUUUGAGACACAUCUAUCGGAGUGCUGAAGAAGAGAAUGAUGUAACAAGUUCUUCAUCUCAUAUCUAAUUGAGACCAAAGAGAGCUGCGACGAAACAUCUUAUACCCGAGCAUGGAUGCAAGCAACCGAGGGCAACUUCCUACUGAGCUCUUCUUUCCAAAGGAAUGAAGGGCAUUUGCAUAUUCACUAUUGUAAGCUGCUUAGCUAGAACUGAGAACUGAGAAGUGUAAAUUUUGUGCGUAGAAAUCAAAUUUUAUUUAGAGAGAGAGAGAUAUAUAUAUAUAUAAGUACAGUUGGGUGAUCCCUGUGAUAGUUUACAAGGAAUGGAGUGAUUAGAGAGAUAUUUACCUUUUUAUUCCAUUCACGUAAA